AAAGAUAUUGGCAGUCAAUCUUGUGCAUUUUUUUUGACCUGAUCAAAGAAAACACCCUUUUUUUUUUUCUUUUUUUUGAUAGGAAAACGCCCCUUAAAGUAGAGAUUAUUAAAAAAUAAUUGAUAGUUGAAAUUAAUAAUAACAAUUUUCCAAAAAAAUCACCCAUUUAAAAGUUAAAAACCACGUUUGGACUUUAGAAGUCCGAGUAUUGAAGCGCAGUGUUCAUUGUUUUCCCGCCAUGGAAGUCGACGGCGAGCAGAUCCUCCAACGCAAGCAUUCUCACUACCAUAACUUGGAUGAGGUGUUUAUGGUACGAAAUGAAGUGUAUAAGGGACAACAAUACAGUCAAAUUUACUUUGCGAGGCUUCAUAUGUUGAGGACUCUUCUUUAUUCUCUUGUUCCUCACUGGAAACCCCACAUUCCUGUUUGUACGAUUUUGGGUUUGGAAGAGAACAAGGAGUGUAUCGUUGUUGGAACACUCUACAAGCACAUGAAACUCAAACCCUGUAUUCUUGAUGAGUAUGCUAAGGAGAGGUCUGUGACUCCUCUGGUCAAGCCGCACAAUUUUAUGCAUCCUGAUGAUCACCUGAUCCUAGAGGAUGAAAGUGGAAGAGUGAAGCUUGAGGGAACUUCACUGUUUCCUUCUGUUUAUGUGACAGGGGUUGUGGUUGCCUUCCUUGGAAAAGAAAGUGGAGCUGGGUCGUUUCUUGUUCACGAUAUCCUUGAAGCUGGACUACCACCCCAAAUUGAGAAGCCUUUAAAGCUUGGUGAUGACAAGUAUGUCGUCUUCGUGUCAGGCUUAAGUGUUGGAAAUAGCACGUCAAAUCCUCUCCAGUUCCAGCUGCUUGUAGAUCAUAUAACUGGCCAUCUAGGGGAUGAAAAUGAGCAGAGAACUGCUGCAGAGAUAGUUCAUGUAGUAAUUGCUGGAAAUUCUGUAGAAUUUGCCAGAGGACUAUUUAAUGGACAGAACUUGGGAUCAAAGGAUCAAGCUAAGCUGUCUGAACCAUUUAGAGAACUGGAUAUCUUGCUAACUCAGAUUGCUGCUGGUGUACCUCUGGAUAUCAUGCCAGGGCCAAAUGAUCCUGCAAAUUUUUAUCUACCACAGCAGCCUUUAAAUAGAUGCCUCUUUCCUGGGUCUUCAGCUUAUAACACCUUCAGAUCUUGUACUAAUCCUCAUUCUUUUGAGCUUGACAAUAUCAGAUUUCUUGGGACAUCAGGGCAGAAUAUUGACGAUCUUGAUAAGUAUUCAGAAGCUAAAGAUAAACUUGAUUUCUUGGAAAGAACAUUGAGAUGGAGGCAUCUUGCGCCAUCUGCACCUAACACUCUAGGGUGUUAUCCAUUUACAGACAGGGAUCCUUUUGUAAUUGAGAGUUGUCCUCGUGUUUACUUUGUCGGCAAUCAGGAUAUGUUUGGAAGCCGUUUAGUUAAAGGACCAGAAGGGCAAUUGACACAACUAAUUACUAUUCCUAAAUUUUGCGAGACAGGAGUUGCAGUUGUGCUUAAUUUGAGAAAUCUGGAGUGCCAUGCUUUGAGUUUUGGGACUCAGUUCAGCUUUUAAUUGUCAUCAUGGAUUUCAGGGGUUUUCAAUGCGGGAUAUGUCAUGUGAUCAUUGUCGUAUGCAGUUAGAAGAUUUUAACCAUUUGUUUAGGGAUUGCUUGCACUAUUGCAAAGCAGCAUUGAGGGAUGGCGCUUUGAGCAUCAAAAGUACAUGGGCACCUGGCUAUUCUCUUUCGGAUUUGAUCCAAAAUUAUAUCUGACUUUUCAUUAGUCGAGACGGGAUUUUGAGUCCCAAUAUUAGCACCUUCGUUGGUACUUUGUGGGGGUCUUUGGUUAUUUAUUAGGAAUAACAGGGCAAACCUGGUACGCCUGUUACAGUACCAAUUGGACUGCAACUAUUGGAUAUCCUACAGUCUCAUACUAUCUUUAUGGAUGAGGUUACAGGUAUAGAGAUUUCUUCCUCUUCUAAUAUUCUCACUGGUUUGUCCCCGCCUGGGUUUUAUGUAGCUCAUUAGGGCAAAAUCAUACAGGAUCUAUCUUAAUUAAGAUUUAUAUCGACGGAUCGUGCUUCAAAGACGCACGACGAGUAGGAAUGAGUUGGUGUCUCGAUCAUACAGAACCUCUGGAUGAGAGGAUUAUUGGUGGGAGUAAUUUUGGGUUUUGCACUUCACCUCUUCAUCCAGAAGCCUUAGCCUGUUUGUAUGCCUUGCAAAGGGCUUUUAAUGCAGACAUUCAAUCGCUUUUAAUAUUUACGGAUUUUUAUAAUCUAGUCACUCUUCUAUGUGAUGCAUGAUGGAUGUGGGGAUGUUCGUUACUUAUGGUUGUGUAAUAGAUUCAGCUUUUAGGGUCCACUUUUCAACACUGCAGUAUUUACAGACAUACGGCAGGUUCACAGGGCUCACCAAAUUGC